CGGCGGCGGCAGCGGGAGAGCUGCGGGCCCGCGAGGCCAUGAAGGUGAAGAAGGGCGGCGGCGGGGCCGAGACGGGGGCGGAGCCCGCUCUAGGGGCCUCGGGCCCGAGCGUGGAUCCCAAACCAGAGCCGAAGUCGCAGGCAGAAUCCGAAUCCGGGUCCGAGUCGGAGCCAGAGGCGGGCCUGGGGCCCAGGCCGGGGCCGCUGCAGGGCAAGCAGCCGAUCGGGCCGGAGGACGUGCUGGGGCUACAGCGGAUCACGGGCGACUACCUGUGCUCCCCUGAGGAGAAUAUCUACAAAAUCGACUUCAUCAGGUUCAAGAUUCGGGACAUGGACUCAGGCACUGUCCUCUUUGAAAUCAAAAAGCCCCCAGCCUCAGAGCGGUUGCCCAUCAACCGGAGGGAUCUGGACCCCAAUGCUGGGCGCUUUGUCCGCUACCAGUUCACGCCUGCCUUCCUCCGCCUGAGGCAGGUGGGAGCCACGGUGGAGUUCACAGUGGGAGAUAAGCCUGUCAACAACUUCCGCAUGAUCGAGAGGCACUACUUCCGCAAUCAGCUACUUAAAAGCUUUGACUUCCAUUUUGGCUUCUGCAUCCCCAGCAGCAAGAACACAUGCGAGCACAUCUACGACUUCCCCCCACUCUCGGAGGAGCUGAUCGGCGAGAUGAUCCGUCACCCGUAUGAAACACAGUCUGACAGCUUCUACUUCGUCGAUGACCGGCUGGUGAUGCACAAUAAAGCUGACUAUUCCUACAGUGGGACACCCUGA